UCUACACUUGACCACACCAUCCCAUCUGAAACCUCUCUUAGUCAUCCAGAACAACAGGUGGCGCUAUUGAUCCUUUUUUUUUCAUCCUCUGGUCCGUUUUGUGUUGGUAACAAAAUAACUGGAAGACGAAUAAAAAAGUUUUGCAAGAAUCAAAGAAACUUCUUUUUUUUUUUUUUAAAUCAGUUCAGAGAUGGAGCUGCAGCUUCCCCCUCAUGAGGGAGUCGAGCUCUCUGUGGUGGACAUGCACACAGGAGGGGAACCUCUCCGCAUCAUUGUCGCCGGCUACCCAGAGGUCAGAGGUGACAGUGUGCUCUCAAAGCGCAGGUAUGCCUGCGAGCACCUGGACCACCUCAGGAAGGUGCUGAUGUUCGAGCCCCGGGGUCACUACGACAUGUACGGGGCCUUGAUCGUGGACAGCGAGACGCCCGAGGCCGACCUGGGGGUGCUGUUCAUGCACAACGAGGGCUACAGCACGAUGUGCGGACACGCCGUCAUCGCCCUGGGUCGCUUCGCCGUGGACUACAAGCUGGUGAAGGAGCCGCGGUCGCCGGAGACGCAGGUGAACAUCCACUGCCCCUGUGGGCUGGUGAAGGCCUUUGUGGAGUAUUCUGCUGGUAAAACAGGAGCGGUGAGGUUUCUGAGUGUGCCGGCGUUUGCCUUUGCAACAGAUGUGACGGUGACAGUAGAGGGGUUUGGUGAGGUGACGGUGGACAUCAGCUACGGGGGAGCUUUUUACGCCUUUGUUGAUGCACAGAGGUUUGGUCUGGAUGUGAAGCAGUCCAGGACUAGGGAUCUGGUGGACGCAGCAACGGCGGUGACCAGAGCUAUUAAAUCCCAGGUGAAGCUGCACCAUCCAGUUAGCGACGACCUGGCGUUCCUUUACGGCACCAUCCUCACAGACGGCAGAGACCAGUUCUCACCUGAGCCCACCGCCAACAUCUGCGUGUUCGCCGAAGCUCAGGUGGACCGAAGCCCUACUGGUUCAGGUGUUACAGCUCGAGUUGCUCUUCAGUACCACAAAGGUCUCAUCCAGCUGAACCAGACCAGGACGUUUCAGAGUGGCGCCACCGGAUCCAAGUUUACAGGAAAAGCUGUUGAGGAGACCAGAUGCGGAGACUUCAGGGCAGUUGUGGUGGAAGUAGCCGGCCGUGCUUUCUACACCGGAGUUUCACGCUUCGUCCAGGAGCCGCAAGACGAGCUGACCCACGGGUUUCUGCUGAAGUGAACGUUGUCGUCGACAAAGGGGAUUUCACUUCAUUCAUGGUGAAAGUGUUUGGAAUAUUACAGGCAUGCACCGAGAAGAUACAAGCAGCAAAUGUUUGGAUUUAUCACUAAAAUAAAGUGACAAAAAGCAAUUUAGCAAAAAAAAAGAAGAAAAAAGUUAAAUCCUGUGGGUAAAUUAGAAAAUGCAGUGAAUCGACCAGUAGAUGGAGCCAGAGGUCAGGUUGAUAUGAGCAUCAAUAUCAACUUGAUAUUGAUGCUCAUAUGGUGUGUGAUGUUCAGCUACAGAUUUUUAACCAAAACAAAUGUUAAAAGUUGAAUAAACACAAAACGCAAACGUAAUUUCUCCCAUUUAUUAUUAUUAUUAUUAAUAUCCGGUCAAAUGGAAGACAGUAUUUAAAUUAUAAAACUUGAGUGGGGAUGUUUUGACGCUGGAUAGAUUCACAAAGCUGAAAUUCAAAUACGUAGUUACCUAUACGUGGGUUUUUAAAUGCAGUGUAAAUCCAGCCAGUGUGCUGAAAACAUACUUAAUUUGUACAAAUAAAGACAUUAAAGUGGGGCAACUCUCAUUAUGGGUAGGGAAAUAUAUUUCAAGAAUU